UCGGGUAAAGUCCGGGCCAGAGCCCGAACCGCGGCCCAGCGAGUGGUUGCCUUGCGGACCUGCACGUCCUACCGGAAGCCGCUCACUUAUCCCUUCGCCACCACCGCUCCCUGAGCCGCUCACGACAUGAGCCAGGCCCGCUGGACCGGGAAGAGAACGGACAUGCUCCCGGAGAUUGCUGCCGCUGUGGGUUUCCUCUCCAGCCUCCUGAGGACCCGGGGCUGCGUGAGCGAGCAGCGGCUUAAGGUUUUCAGCGGGGCUCUCCAGGAGGCACUGACAGAGCACUACAAACACCACUGGUUUCCUGAAAAGCCAUGCAAGGGCUCUGGCUACCGCUGCAUCCGGAUCAACCAGAAGAUGGACCCCAUCAUCAGCAAGGUGGCCGCGCGGAUCGGGCUCAGCCAGCCCCAGCUGCGCCAGCUGCUGCCCAGCGAGCUGACCCUGUGGGUGGACCCCUACGAGGUGUCCUACCGCAUCGGGGAGGAUGGCUCCAUCUGCGUCCUGUACGAGGAGGCCCCGCUGGCUGCCUCCUACGGGCUCCUCACCUGCAAGAACCAGAUGCUGCUGGGCGGGAGCAGCCCCUCGAAGAACUACGUCAUGGCGGUCUCCAGUUAGACCCCUGCCGCCCCACCUGGCACUCUACUGUACUCACUCUGCCAUGACAACAGGCCACUGCAUACCUCAACCUGGGGAACUG